UAGUCUUUUUAAUCACCAUGAUUCCAAUUGGAUGUAUGCGAAACUGCAGUAAAUGAUUACCAAAAACCAACUCUUGACGUGUUAGCCAUGCUUCUUCUUGAUGACUUAAGCCACAACAACCUCCAUAGCCACAUCCCUUCUAUUCAUUUCGCACAAUCCGCGAAUCUUCAAUACUCCUAUUCUCCCACAAUCCAAAAUGGAUUCCAACUCCAUCGUUUCCUCUGCUACCUUCACUACCUCCUCUCUUCUUCCAGUUUUUCACUCUUGUGAUCAAAAUAGCAGGAAGCUAUUAUCAUUCCCUUUAGGGGUUAAUCCACGGCAAUGGAGUGUUGGUAUCGAUCACAAAAGCUUCAGCUUCUGCCCGAAGGCUGGCCUGAGAAGGAAUUCAGAAGCUGUUGGAAUUCCAACUUCGGUGCCUGUACGAGUUGCAUACGAACUUUUUCUCGCCGGAUACCGGUAUUUAGACGUCAGGACUCCUGAAGAGUUCAGUGCUGGACAUGUUGUGGGGGCAAUUAACAUCCCAUAUAUGUACAGAGUUGGAUCAGGAAUGUCAAAGAACCCCAAAUUUCUGGAGCAAGUAUCUUCAAAGUUGGGAAAAUACGAUGAAAUUCUUGUUGGUUGCCAAAGUGGGAAAAUGUCAAUGAUGGCUGCAACCGAUCUUCUAUUUGCUGGUUACACUGGCAUCACAGAUGUGGCAGGUGGAUUUGCUGCUUGGACACACAACAGACUUCCAACAGAAAAUUGAUGAAUGUUGGUGUGGUGGGAAUUAUAAAUGCUUAAAAUAAAGCUACCUUAAGUUAUAGUUGAAAAAACUAGCGGGGAAGGUGAUGUGCUGAAGAACAUCAUUCACCAAUUAUAUAUAUAUAGUAAUUAAGCU